CUCUUUGUCAGUGUUUCCACUUGGUCAGCUUUGACGGAGAUAGGCCCUCUACUAAUCGGCCCGUCAAUACUAGGGUGACCAUAUUUUGAUUUCCAAAAAAGAGGACACUCAGCCCAGCCUUAAGAUACUUGAAUUUUACUCGAAGUUCACUCAAAGAUGGCUCUAUCACUUUAAUAUAUUUAAAGUGUGCCCCCUCACUCUGGAUGGAAAAAUGCAUUUUGAAAACAAACCAGUCAAUACACAUACACACAGUAGGCUAUGUGCCAACUAAACAUUUUUAUAAAUUACUAUAGCGACAAUUGUCAUUGACAAAUUGUUAUUCCCAUUCAAUGCUAUAGAUUGCACACAAACAAUAACUGAAAAAAUUGCCAAACUAUUCAACCAGCAUGUUUCCAAACGUAGCAGUUCAAAACUACGUUUCCCAUAAUGCCUAGCGUGGUUUAGCUUACUGAUAGUUAGCUGAGGCAAAAAUCAAACUUUGCUAUAAAAGUUUACAAUCAUCGGCAGCGUAACGAUGCGACACCAAACGGGAUUUUACAGUCAACGCUCCGACUGAAGUCAACAGUUGCCAUUAUAUACGUAUUUAGUGUAAAAAACUUAACGACUGGGCAGGCGUUGUGGCCAAAUUGUCAACCCAGUAGAUAGCGGUAAUGCUUCAUGAUAGGGGUAAACUGCCAACAAAAACAAGAAGAACUACUCCUUCCCUCCCUUCUAGUAGGAGCCAUGUCAACUGCUGCCACCCAGCGGCCGAAGGGAUUCAAAUUGGUCCUGUGAAAAACCCUAAAAACCGGACAUUUUUAUAAAUUUAUAAAACCCGCCCGGACGAGGAGGAUACUACGUGAAAGUAGGACAUGUCCCGGCAAAAGAGGACAUUUGGUCACCCUAGUCAAUACCAUUAUGAAGUUUAUGUAUUAUAUAACCGUUCUGCUGAUGUACGUCUAUAAUUGUUAAAAUAAUAAGAAUUAUAAUAAUAAGCAUUUCUAAAUUGGUUGAUUCUACAACUACAGUCAGAUAUAGUCAAGACAUUUAUCAAAGGAUCCAAAACUUUUUUUUUCCUUUUAAAGAAACAUUUUAAUUUGUUGUACUUCACAAUGUGAAGAAAAAUCAUCUGAAAGUAGUAAUGUUAACUUUCAGGUAAUUAUUAACUUUACUGGAUAACAAGAUAGUAUUCCUUUUCAGCAGUGCCGCGUGGGCGCACAGUGACCUACUUAACCUCGUCAAAUUGAAGUAAAACAUGCUGCAAUAAAAAAAAACAGCAACAACAACAACAACAGCAUCGUUUUAAAAGCACGUGAUUAGUCGUGAAGUCUCCUGCAAGACAUGAGUCAGGGAAAAUCACGAAAUUUUUACCACGUGUUUCUCUAACGAUCACGUGAUGGUUCGCUGAGCCGGUCAUGUGACUUUCAAUUGGUUUUGGGGCACUCAACAUCAACAACCGACAACAUGAGAACGUGGAUAGAAUCGGCGGGUGUUUUUGUACUACUGUGGUCCGCUCUGGUUCCAGUCGAAACACGGAGAUGCUCGUUCUUUUUCUGCCAAAAAUCGCUCAACGUUAGCAGCCUCAAUGGCGUGGACCCCGGUUCACCUCUCUUUCUCACGCCUUACCUUGAAAAGGGUGCCAUUGACGAAGCCAGGAGAUUGAGUGUGGUUGGAGAUCUGCCUGGCGAAAACGUAAAAGGUUAUGCCGGCUACCUCACUGUCAACAAGAAAUACAACAGUAAUCUUUUCUUCUGGUUCUUCCCUGCGUUCAUGCCAUCAGUUGACAGCCCUGUCCUGCUGUGGCUGCAAGGGGGCCCCGGAGGCAGCUCCAUGUUCGGACUCUUCGUGGAGCAUGGCCCCUAUGUGGUUUAUAAGAACCUGACUGUGAAACUGAGGGAUUACGCCUGGACCACAAAAUAUUCAGUGUUAUACAUUGACAAUCCAGUUGGUACAGGCUUUAGCUUCACGGACGACGAUCGUGGCUACGCUCAGAAUCAGGACGAUGUCGGCAGAGAUCUGUACAGUGCUUUGAUACAGUUUUUCCAACUGUUUCCCGAAUACCAGUCCAAUGACUUCUAUGCGACAGGAGAGUCCUACGCAGGGAAGUACGUUCCAGCCAUCUCUUAUUACAUUCAUAAAAACAACCCGACUGCCAAGAUCAAAAUCAACUUCAAGGGCAUGGCCAUUGGUGAUGGCCUGUGUGAUCCAGAAAUGAUGCUGGGUGGUUACGGUGAAUUUAUGUACCAAACGGGCAUGAUCGAUGAAAUCCAGAAACAGUAUGUCAACAAGCAGAGUGAUUUGGGGGUCCAGCUAAUCCAGCAGCAGAAGUGGCUGGAGGCUUUUGAGGUUUUUGACAGUUUGCUGAAUGGUGACCUGGUGCCAUACCCCUCCUUCUACCAGAAUGCAACAGGCUGCACCAACUACUACAACUACUUGUCAUGCCAGGAACCUAAAGACCAGGAGUACUUCUCAAUGUUCGUGACGCUCCCGGAAGUGCGUCGCGCAAUUCACGUGGGCAACCUGGAAUUCCACAGCGGCUGGCAGGUGGAGAAGCACCUGAUGCAGGACGUGAUGAAGAGCAUCAAGCCCUGGCUCGGGGUGCUUAUGGACAACUAUAAGGUGUUGCUCUACAGUGGUCAGCUGGAUGUGAUUGUGGCAGCUCCUUUGACCGAGCGGUUCCUGCCCACCGUCAACUGGACCGGAGCAGCCGAAUACAAGACGGCACCGCGCUUUCCCUGGAAGCUUCAGCCAGAGGACACUGAAGUGGCCGGUUACGUCAGACAAGUGGGAGAGUUCUACCAGGUCAUCAUCAGAGGAGGGGGACAUAUUUUGCCUUACGACCAGCCGGCCAGGUCUUAUGACAUGAUUGACAGGUUCCUCUCGACACGAGGCUGGAUUUGAAAAGCUGAGAUGAUCAAGCACUGUGGAUGUAUAUUGUACUUAUUAAUGCUUAUUGAUUAUGAUUAUGAUAUAUAUAUAUAUAUAAUGAUUAUUGCUUAUUGAUUAUGAUUGGUACUUAUGGUAGAUGAUGGAUGGAUGAUAUUGCUGCCUAUCACAAUAAUACUGUGCUUAAAAAUAGCACAUUACAUUUUUAAAAUAUCACAAUUCAGUCAUUUUUGAAUGAAAUUGUUUUUUAAUCUGCUCUAAAUGUUUUUUUUUUUUUUUUUAAUCUCCCCAAUCACUGUUAAAUGUCUCUUAAAUGAAACUGUGUAAAAUGCAUUUUGAAUGUGUGGCUAAUUGUUAUUCACCAAGAGUGAUGAAAUAUCGUUUUUACUCUCGUGCCCUCACUCAGUUUUCUGAAUGUUUUAUAGGUAUUGUUUUUAUUUUUACACUCAUAGACCAUGUGGCAUAACAAUAUUGAUUUUCUUUUCAUUAGCUUUUAAAAAAACAACAUUUAAAAGAUAUCUUUUAAGUGGAAUUUCCCUAUAAUAAAAGGUACUUAAAACUCACUGUUGUCCUCUUCAAAUGUACCUAGGCCAGGUAUUAUGUAUGUAGUAACCAUAAUAUCCACUAAGAGACGCUGUGUGAUUAGAUUUUUCAUGUAUUCACAAUGACGGUCACUGUUAGCCCAUGCUGGAACAAUUAAGAAGGACUUCUUAAAAAAUAUUGCAAGUAUGAAAACUGGCUUAUUACUCAUUUAUGUGAAGACACGUCAUAAAAUUGUAAGAAAACGUAAUAAAACUGAAUUACGCCUAUUUGUUUUUCAGAUAUGAAGAGAAUAGUUUUUGCACAAUCGUGAUUUUAGCUGAAAAUAACAGGUUAUAUUUAAGGCUGGGCAUGUUAACCAGUUAAAUCAAAUUGAUUUAUAUAGCCUUUUGCAAAAACCUCAAAAGUGCU